CUCUCGUCGCUCGCUUACUUGGGUCUGGCCCGGCAGACAACGGCAGCGGGACCGGAGUCUCGGCGUUUGCGGGCCUGGGCCCGCCGGGCGGCAUGGACGGGUUGCCGGCCGCCGCGGGCGGGGACGUUUCCCUGCACAACUUCAGCGCGAGGCUGUGGGAGCAGCUGGUCCACUUCCAUGUCAUGCGGCUGACGGACUCGCUCUUCCUGUGGGUGGGGGCCACGCCGCACCUGCGCAACCUCGCCGUGGCCAUGUGCAACCGCUACGAUUCCAUCCCCGUGUCUACCUCCCUCCUUGGAGAUACUUCUGACACGACCUCCUCUGGCCUUGCCCAGCGCUUAGCCAGGAAGACCAACAAACAGGUGUUUGUCAGCUAUAACCUUCAAAACACGGACGGUAACUUCGCAUUACUUGUAGAAAACAGGAUCAAGGAAGAAAUGGAGGCUUUUCCGGAAAAGUUCUAGGCAGAUUGGCAGGAGGGAGGGUUUGUAACUUAUGUACAAUGUACAUUUAAAUAAAUGGGUUGACUUUCACUGUUCGUCA